CUGAACUUAAAAUCAGGGAAACUCCGUUUCAUGUUCUUUUCCCAGGUUCGGCCUCUCUUGUCAUCUUGUGGGCGAGCUGCUACAGCUUUUUCUUCGUGUUCUGCUUCUUCUCUGCUGACCCAAGCCCUCCUCGUCCGUCUAAUCUCUUCUAGCGCCACACUAGCAAUGGGAGAGACACCGAAGCCCGAGUCCAAGCCAAGUCAUCCAAAAGAUGAAGCUUAUCUUCAUUCUGUCAUUCAGAAGCGCAUUCGCCUCUUCGAAGCCAUCAAAGCACAGCAAAUCGAAGAGCGGCAGCGCAUCGGCGGAGAACCCAUAAAGAUAACAUUGCCAGAUGGCACUGUCAAGGAAGGCAAGAAGUGGAUAUCCUCACCUAUGGAUAUCGCAAAGGGCAUCUCAAAAAGUUUGGCUGCAAACGCUUUAAUAUCCCAGGUGAAUGGAGUUCUUUGGGACAUGUUUAGGCCUCUAGAGGGAGACUGUGAACUGAAGUUGUUUACAUUUGAGGCAGAUGAAGGACGUGACACUUUUUGGCAUUCUAGUGCUCACAUCCUUGGACAGUCCCUUGAGAUGGAAUAUGGUUGCAAGCUGUGUAUUGGACCCUGUACCACUAGAGGGGAGGGUUUUUAUUAUGAUGCAUUUUAUGGUGACCUAGGCUUGAAUGAGGACUAUUUCAAACAAAUUGAAUCAGGGGCAAUGAAAGCAGUUGCGGAAAAACAGCCUUUUGAGCGUAUUGAAGUAUCAAGGAAACAAGCUUUAGAAAUGUUUUCUGAAAAUAAUUUUAAGAUUGAAAUCAUUAAUGAAUUGCCAGAAGACAAGACGAUCACUGUUUAUAGAUGCGGACCUUUGGUUGAUUUGUGCCGUGGACCUCAUAUCCCAAACACAUCUUUUGUAAAAGCAUUUGCUUGUUUAAAGGCUUCAUCAGCCUAUUGGAGGGGGAAGAAGGAACGAGAGAGUCUACAAAGAGUUUAUGGGAUAUCUUAUCCAGAUUCCAAACGUCUGAAGGAAUAUCUCACUCAGCUGGAAGAAGCAAAGAAAUAUGACCACAGGUUAUUGGGGGCAAAACAAGAGCUCUUCUUUUGUCACCCUCUUAGUCCAGGAAGUUGGUUCUUCCUGCCAUAUGGCACCCGAGUUUACAACAAAUUAAUGGAGUUCAUUCGAACUCAAUAUAGGGAGAGAGGUUAUCAAGAGGUUUUGACUCCAAAUAUAUACAAUAUGCAACUCUGGGAGACGUCUGGCCAUGCUGCAAACUAUAAAGAGAACAUGUUUGUUUUUGAGAUUGAAAAACAAGAAUUUGGACUUAAGCCAAUGAAUUGUCCUGGACACUGCUUAAUGUUUGAACAUAGAGUUCGUUCAUAUAGAGAAUUACCACUUCGGUUGGCUGAUUUUGGAGUUUUGCAUCGCAAUGAGGCUAGUGGUGCACUUACUGGUUUAACACGUGUCAGGAGAUUUCAACAGGAUGAUGCACAUAUCUUCUGUACGGAAUCACAGAUAAAAGAUGAAGUUAGAAGUGUCUUGGAAUUUAUAAGUUACGCAUAUGGUAUAUUUGGGUUCACAUUUGAGCUGGAGUUGUCAACGAGGCCAGAGAAGUACCUAGGAGAAAUAGAAACAUGGGAAAAAGCUGAGGCUGCUCUUACUGAAGCAUUGAAUGAGUUUGGUAAGCCAUGGCAGAUAAAUGAAGGAGAUGGUGCAUUUUAUGGACCGAAGAUCGAUAUUAGUGUUUUUGAUGCCUUAAAGAGGAAAUUCCAGUGCGCAACGCUACAACUGGACUUUCAGCUCCCUUCACGUUUCAACUUGUCUUAUUCAGCAGAGGAUGAGGCUAAGAGGGAGAGACCUGUUAUGAUACACAGGGCCAUUCUUGGGUCUGUUGAGCGUAUGUUUGCAAUACUUUUGGAGCACUAUAAAGGAAAAUGGCCUUUUUGGCUUAGUCCACGCCAAGCAGUAGUUUGCCCUGUGUCAGAGAAAUCUCAACCAUAUGCAUUACAGGUGCGGGAUCAAAUUCAUCAGGCUGGUUAUUAUGUUGAUGUUGAUACAACAGAUAGAAAGAUCCAGAAAAAGGUACGAGAAGCACAGUUGGCACAAUACAACUAUAUAUUGGUAGUUGGUGAGGAGGAAGCAAACACCGGACAGGUGAGUGUGCGGGUUAGAGACAAGUCAGACCAUUCAGUGAAAAGUAUUGAGGAAUUAUUAACACACUUCAAGGAAGAAGUUGCAGCUUUCCAUUAGACUUGCACAUGGGUCUCAGGAAGAAAGGAAUGGGCACUGUACUCAGAUACCCUGUAAAUUGGAAAGGAACUCAUUUCAUGUUCAAUAUUCCAUCAUUCUACGUCUUUUGAAUCGCUCUCUUUUGUAUAACAUCUUAUUUCUAUUUUUUGUUUAUUUGCAUUCUUCCUACAAUCUCACUACACAUUACAUUGUUUAACCACAGGAGCAGGUUUAGCUCUGUAAUUUGCUCGAGUUUUAAUUUAGAAAAUUAAAAAUUCUGCUAGUCUUUCAUUCUUUUA